AUGCCGACAUGUGCUCAAACCCGGAAACUGCAAGCUAUACCCAUGGUCAAACGCGCCAACGCCCACGGAAGACCGUGCGAGAUUCUGGAAGGCUUCUGGAAGGAUGAUCCGGUUGGCCGCGGAAGGAUCAGUACCGCGGAGCGGAGCUCCCAUACCGAUGUCUUUCUUACAAUACAAUUGACCGAGGCUCAAGAUCAGUGCCCCUUGUAG